CUAGUAUUUGAACAAUACCUGCUUUUGGCCUACAACAGUUUUGGAGCACACCCCAGUUCUUUUUUUUAAUUUGUAGUUAAUUAUUAUCACAACUCUCUUUCUAUGAUCAAGGAAACAAGGCCUUGGCAAAAAGGCGAAUAAAUCAAAAUAUACAGACAGAUAUAGAGAAAGAGAGAAGUCCAACAAGCCUUAUUUUUUUUUACCAUCUGAUCAUAGAACACAGCACAGUGUAGGGUGGUUGUGUUUAUAUUGAAAAUUUGAUCUUUGUGAUGAGUUGUGGCUACCCUUAUUAGCAAAACCAGAAAAAAUGGUGCCAGACAACAUGAAGAAGCAACUUGCUUUGGCUGUGAGAAGCAUUCAGUGGAGCUAUGCAAUCUUCUGGACUGAUUCAACUACCCAACCCGGGGUGUUGAGUUGGGGGGAAGGAUAUUACAAUGGAGACAUUAAGACUAGGAAAACAAGUCAAGGUGUGGAACUUAAUUCUGACCAAAUGGGGUUGCAGAGAAGUGAACAGUUGCGAGAGCUUUUCAAGUCUCUCAAAACUGCAGAAACCAACCCACAAACGAAGAGGCCUUCAGCAGCACUGUCUCCUGAAGAUCUCACUGAUGCAGAGUGGUAUUACUUGGUUUGCAUGUCCUUUGUAUUCAACAUUGGCCAAGGGUUACCAGGAAGAACUCUAGCAAAGGGCCAACCAAUUUGGCUGAACAAUGCCGAUUCAUCUGAUUGUAGAGUUUUUAGUCGUUCUCUGCUGGCAAAGAGUGCAUCUAUCCAGACAGUGGUGUGCUUUCCAUUUUUGGAAGGGGUUAUUGAGCUAGGUACAUCUGAUCAGGUCUCAGAAGAUCUUAGUCUCAUUCAACGGAUCAGAACUUCUUUCUUGAAUACUCUUUGUGUCAAUGUUCCCAAUAAGUCUGGAGCUACAUUGAAAUCAAGAAACGAGGAAGAUGUUGCUUGUGUAGCAUUUGAUCAUAAUGCUUACAAUGUUGAAUCAAUUCCAGAAGUUGGGUAUGGCAUAAUCAACACAACCUCUCCUAAUGGUAGUUCAAAUGCAUUACAGGCUAAUCAACCACCAGAUGAAACAUUCACGGUUGAAAAGAUAACCAGUGGCACCUCUCAAGUCCAAAGCUGGCAAGUUAUGGAUGAUGAAUUGAGCAACUGUGUCCACAAUUCCAUGAAUUCCAGUGACUGUAUAUCACAAACUUUAGCCAGCCCUAAGAAGAUUGCUUCUGCCCUCAAGGGUGAUAACCCUUCUGCCCCUUGUGCCCGGGAUCUUCAGAAGUGCAGCAACACAAAAAUGACCGUAGUGGAUCCUCUAAGUGAUGAUUGGCAUUAUCAGAGAGUUCUUUCUUCCCUUUUGAAAGGCUCUGACCAAUUACUCAUGGGGACACAUUUUCAAAACAUUCAUCAGGAAUCAAGCUUUGUCAGUUGGAGAAAAGAAGGGGCAAUGAAUUGCCAAUGGCCAAGAGCAGGAACCUCACAGAACUUGUUGAAGAAAGUAUUGUUUGAAGUUCCUCGGAUGCACUUGGAUGGGUUACUUGAGUCUCAAGAAGAGAAUGACUAUAAAGAGGGAAUGAGACUAGAGGCUGAUGAAAUUGGCAUGAACCAUGUUUUGUCAGAGAGAAGGAGAAGAGCAAAACUAAAUGAAAGGUUUUUAACCCUGAGGUCAAUGGUUCCUUCAAUUAGUAAGGAUGACAAAGUUUCAAUACUAGAUGAUGCAAUUGAAUACCUUAAAAAGCUCGAGAAAAGGAUAGAAGAGUUGGAAGCUCAGAGGGGGGUAAAAGAUAUAGAGAGUGGAACUAAAAGAUCACCUCAAGAUAUGAUGGAGAGGACUUCUGAUCAUUAUUAUAACAAAACUAAUAAUGGCAAGAAAGCAGUGGUAAAAAAAAGGAAGGCUUGUGGCAUAGAAGAAACAGUAAGAGAGAUUAAUUCAGAUACUUUAAGAGGUAGUUCUACUAAUGAUGUUGCUGUCUUUACUAGUAAUAAUGAAAUUGUAAUCGAAAUGAAGUGCCCUUCAAGAGCAGGAAGGUUGAUGGAAAUUAUGGAAGCUGUCAACAGUCUCAAUAUAGAUUUUAAUUCAGUUCAGUCAACAGAAGCUGAUGGGAAUCUUUAUCUAACCAUUAAAUCUGUGUUCACAGGACCAACUAUAGCAACUGCAAAAAGGAUCAAACAAACACUCCAAAAAGUAGCUUUUAAGUGUUGAAAGUUUUUGUCCUUAAAAACCAUGUUGAUAUUCAAUUUAGUUCUUGCCACUGCCAUGUGGCAUACAGAGUUCAUUAGAUGGAGCCACAAAGUGCAAUUCUUGGAGAUUCUUUUUGGAAUAUUUCUCAUAAAAGGCAAAGGAAAAUACACUCAUCCACUCUUUAGGCUAUACUAUAACUCUCGGUGAUGUAACAUGGACUUUUAAGCUCUUGUAAAUGGGUAGGUAGGUUUAGUUGACUAGAUUUUAUGUAAUGCCAAUAAUGCCAUUAGCUCCUACCGCCUAACACACCUUGACCAAGCAAA